AUGAUAUCCAGGAAAAAGUUUGGAGAGUAUGCUGCCGACGGAGGUCGUCACCCCAACAUCAUAAAUAUGGUUAUAUCGUUGUUCCUCCUUCUGGCACAGCUAGAUCCACUCACUGCCUCUUCAGUAAGACGAUCUCUCCACACCUACCACCCAAAUUUGGACUCCGAACCAUAUGGAAUAAUUCCUCCAAUCUAUCCAUAUGACCCCCAUCCUCUCUCCACACCGGAAUCAGUCGUCUUAUCACCUCGUCCAAUUCUGUGCAACAAUCAGACCGAAUACGAAUGUGUCUGUAUGAAACCCUACUCAUCACCGCAUUCACCCGAUAAGAUUGCCCCGUCGGCUCCCGAUUGCAGUGUAUUCAUCAAGACCGAUGAUCUUCCAGUUGUUGAUAUGAGGAUGAGACAGGUUAACACAGAAGCGAAACUCUACACAGGAGAUAGCUAUGAGGAGUACUUCAAGAGACGGAUAUCAACGAUAGUGUCCCAUUACUGUCAGCAUAACACCAACGAAUGUCCCGGUGUGUCUUUGCGGAUGAGUCAUGAAAUGCUCCAAAACUUGAGCGAUCGAGAGGCUGACGAACUAGAUAUAGACAAAUCGGUUGUGUACGCCGAGCGUGACGAAUCGGAACCACUUUUUACCAAGGAGAAUGUAGUAAUUCUGAGAAUGGAUCAUUUGCGGGGAAAUCUCACAAGACUACUUUUCGUUCUCACCAAGAAUGAUAGGAACAACGGAAUCAUCAAUGAGGAUACCAUCAUCGAUCCUGUGAAGAUCAAAUACAUCAUCGCUAGUCAAGUUGGUCCGUUAUCGCGAGUUCUUGGUGGCAUCAAAAUUGACAGCGUUCGCCAGGCAAAGCUAAAACGAAAUUCAGGAGCUUUCGGGCCCCUGAGCUUCAGUACGCCAGAGCAACGGCAAGACAACCGGAAGAGCAACACAAAAUUAAUCAUGAUCGUCUGCUGUGUAGCAGCAUUUUUUAUGAUCACUUACUGCAUUGCCAUUUAUCAGUGUAUCAGAUGGAUCCUACGGAAAAGGAAGGCGAAGAAGGAGGCUAAGCUAGCAGAGCAGAGUCUCGUAGCAGUGGAUGCAAAGAACUAUGGAACCUGUGAAAUCAAACAGAGAAAGCCAUCUAGAAACGGACAUAUGGUUCAUACAGAAGAAAGAACACCGCUAACCUAUGAACAAAUUGACGAAAUCCCUGACGACAAUUCCCAGUCUCUAUCCCAGAGACAAAUGAGGAAUUGGUUCAAAUGUGAUGCUUCUCAACUUCCGAGAGAGCCAACUUAUCCAACAAGUUUGGUUGACUCGUAUCAAAAUCAGCCUGCGGUUGCAACAACGACGCCCAAACCAACUGACGAAUUUAAAAUAAAAGAGGAAUCUCCGAUUCUCACGAAACGAAAAGAAGAAAAAGAGCCAAGUAAGCCUGUAUCACCUAUGUUGUCUUCACAAGCAACGACAAGUUCAGAAGCAAUUUUCCCGCCAUCUAAAGACUUUUCGGAUUAUGUUGAUGAUCAAUACCAUAAGAGUAGAGCUUCUUCAAAUAGUCCAACAGAGGAUUUACCAAAGUCUCCAAACGAAGAUCCUUGGGAAGAGAUGGCUGGAAAAUAUGUGCCACCGGUUGUACUUCUCCAGUCUGAUACACCAGAUUUGCCUUUAACAAUGCAAAAUCAUCUGGAAAAACAUAAUCCCAAUGAGGAAUCAGCUCUCAAAGGAUUGAGAAGUGGAGACAGUCCAGUUUUUGCUCGUCCCAGGUCGAGAAGAGGUAGUCGUAUAGAUGAAGUGGAAGGGCAGUUGGAUUUACCAGAAUUAAAACCACUUCGAACUGACGAUCCAUUGGCCGAGCCUCUGGAUGCACCUGUCCCAAUUGAUAGCAUAAAAGGGUCAGUCGAUGAGGAAGAUCGGUGGUCAUCAAGUGAAGAAGGAGAAGUCGACGUCUACUAUAAAAUGAGCGAUGAUGAAGACGUUACCAGAGAAGAGUUGGAUUGGAAGAAGGCUAUGGCGAAAGCAGAACUUGAGAAAGAAGCAGAGUCUCAAGGAAGAACACUUCCAGGAUCAGAAAAUCACGUAGACUCUGUAAACAAACGAACGGAAACCCCGCCUUCGUCGCCAAUUCAAAUUCACAUUCAAAAUCAUCUCAAUCAUAACAAUGACUCGGAUUCAGAAGAAGAAGACGUGCCGAUACCAGAAGAAGCCAAAGAUGCCGACAUUGCAGAGAAGGAUGAUGAUUUUGUCUACGAACGUCUUCGCGAAGAACUUUCUCCUCAACCGCCAAUAGUAGUUGAUUUAGACACAACAGACUUAGACUUGGUACCCAUAAAGUCACUACCACCACCUCCACCAGGAAUGUUUCCUGAUUCUCCACCAGAAUCAGGUUCCGGUUCCAAUCAAAUGAACCACCAACGGAGUCAGGAAAUGAGUGAAGAAGAUGAUGAAGACGAUCUUCGAUAA